GGGGGUCUUCUCGGCCAAAGAAGAGAGGAAAGUUUGCGGCGCCGGUGGUGCGGGUGCGGCGAAGCGGGCGGGGCCGGGACCGGAGCCGGCGGCGGCGGCGCUUGGUCGGGGAGCAGGAGCCGGGGGGCCCCCGCUGGAUUUUUGUAGGGGGGGUGGUAUCGCCCCCUCCUUCUCCUCCCCCCAGGGGUGAAAGUGCAAGAGGAAGUGCAGCCGCUGCCAUCUUUCCUCCGCUCCAAACACACAGGGACGGACGGAGCCGGCAGCCCGGAGCCGCCGCCGCCGGAGCCCCCUCCCUCCCGCUCGCCGCAGCCGCGCCGCGCACGCCCGUUCCCGCGGCGGCCUCCGCGGCCGCAGCGCCUCGUGGCGGCCGGGCCCGGGCGGAGCUCGCGCGCCGGCGGCCGCGGCGGCCCCGCGCGGCGCGCGCCCCUCCGCCGCCCGAGCCUUUUGUCUCUCCCCCCGCGAGCCCCUCGCGCCGUGCAGGGAGCGCCGCGCGCGCCGCCGGCCCGGGCAGGGGCGGGGAGCAGGAGGCGGCGCGCGCCGCCGGGCGGCCUGAGAGCGCGCGCCCCCUGCGGGCGCCAGCGGGGCGGCGCAGCCCCAUGGAGCGGGUGAGCGAGGCCGCCGCGUGCGGCCCCUCGGCGGGCUGCUACACGUACCAGGUGAGCCGGCACAGCGCCGACAUGCUGCACAGCCUCAACCAGCAGCGCAAGAACGGCGGCCGCUUCUGCGACGUGCUCCUGCGGGUGGGCGACGAGAGCUUCCCGGCGCACCGCGCGGUGCUGGCCGCCUGCAGCGAGUACUUCGAGUCGGUGUUCAGCGCGCAGCUGGGCGACGGGGCAGGUGGCGGCGGCGCGGAGGGCGGCGCGGCGGAGGCGGCGGCGGCCGGCGGGGCCGCGGCGGUGGCCGGCGGGGCCGCCGGGGGCGGGCGGGAGCUGGAGAUGCACACCAUCAGCUCCAAGGUGUUCGGAGACAUCCUGGACUUCGCCUACACGUCGCGCAUCGUGGUGCGGCUGGAGAGCUUCCCGGAGCUCAUGACGGCCGCCAAGUUCCUGCUGAUGCGCUCCGUGAUCGACAUCUGCCAGGAGGUCAUCAAGCAGUCCAACGUGCAGAUCCUCGUGCCCCCCACGCGCCCCGACAUCAUGCUCUUCCGUCCGGGGGCCGCUGACCUCGGCUUCCCUCUCGACAUGACCAACGGUGCCACUUUGGCGCCCAACGGCAACGGCAUCGCUGGCAUGCCCGAAGACGAGGCCGCGCGGGCUGCGCUCACUGCCGCCCAGUCCUCCCUGCCUGUCCUGCAGGGCGUGGACCGCCUGCCCAUGGUGGCAGGACCUCUGUCCCCACCACUGCUGGCCUCUCCCUUCCAGAAUGUUGCUGCUAGUGCCCCCACUUUAAGCACCAAGAGGGGCAGAGGGCGUCCCCGUAAAGCCAAUCUCUUGGACUCCAUGAUGUUUGGUACCCCGGGGGGCCUGCGAGAGGCUGGUAUCCUGCCUUGUGGCCUCUGUGGGAAAGUGUUUACGGAUGCUAAUCGUCUUCGGCAGCAUGAGGCUCAACACGGGGUGACAAGCUUACAGCUGGGCUACAUAGACAUCCCACCCCCAAGACUGGGUGAAAACGGUGUCCCUGGUCAGGAUGACCCCGACGCACCCCGGAAAAGAAGCAGGACGAGGAAACAGGUGGCCUGUGAGAUCUGUGGCAAGAUUUUUCGGGACGUGUACCACCUGAAUCGGCACAAGCUGUCGCACUCUGGCGAGAAGCCUUACUCUUGUCCGGUGUGUGGUUUACGGUUCAAGCGGAAAGACAGGAUGUCCUAUCACGUUCGAUCUCACGAUGGCUCUGUGGGAAAGCCCUACAUCUGCCAGAGCUGUGGAAAAGGCUUUUCCAGGCCAGACCACUUGAAUGGACACAUCAAACAGGUGCAUACCUCAGAGAGACCUCACAAGUGUCAGCAGGAAAAUGGCAGCGACCAUGGAAUAAGCUCAGAGACAUCCACAUCCAUAGAAAAGUUGAAACUUCAAGAGACCUGUAAUGCUUCCUUUGCCACUCGGGACCGCCUGCGCUCACACCUUGCAUGUCACGAGGACAAAGUUCCGUGCCAGGUGUGUGGGAAGUACUUGCGAGCAGCGUAUAUGGCAGAUCAUUUGAAGAAACAUAGUGAAGGACCAAGCAAUUUCUGCACUAUCUGUAACCGAGGUUUCUCCUCUGCCUCCUACUUAAAGGUCCAUGUUAAAACCCACCACGGUGUUCCCCUUCCCCAGGUCUCCAGGCACCAGGAGUCCAUCCCGAAUGGGGGAGCAGCGUUCCACUGCGUCAGGACCUAUGGCAUCAAAGAAGGCCAGAAAUGUUCGCAUUCGGACCCGAUUGAGAGUUCUGAUUCGUACGGAGACCUCUCUGACACCAGUGACCUCAAGACUCCCGAGAAACAGAGCACCAAUGGGUCCUUCUCGUGUGACAUGGCAGUCAGCAAAAACAAAAUGGAGACGGAAGCAGAGAAGAAGUACCCUUGCCCUGAAUGUGGCAGCUUUUUCAGAUCAAAAUCUUAUCUGAACAAACACAUACAGAAAGUUCAUGUCAGGGCCCUCGGUGGCCCGUUGGGGGACCUGGGUCCUGCUCUAGGAUCCCCCUUUUCCCCCCAGCAGAACAUGUCUCUCCUGGAGUCGUUUGGGUUUCAGAUUGUCCAGUCAGCAUUUGCGUCAUCCCUUGUGGAUCCGGAGGUCGACCAGCAACCGAUGGGGCCAGAGGGGAAAUGAGAGCAGUUUGCUCUUAACAAAGCAAAGCAGCAGUCUGGCUAUAAUGAUAAGAUGAUGUGGAUGAAAGAGGAAAUAAUGAAAUUUGGUUCUAUAGCUGAAAAUUUUUUAUUCAUUUUAGCUUCCCUCGUUGUCUCAUGCCUACCCCACCUGAAACCUUCACUAGGGAGACGGAGAAAAUGCUUCCUAGCUGAUAAAUUACAGAAGAUGGUGACCUUGAAUAGGAGACGUGACCUAUGACACCAAGUGGAGCUUUAGAGGCUGCUGCUGGUGUUUCAUCAUGAUCUUCUAGAAUAAACACAAGUUGCCAGCACUGAUCUGAGAAUUAGACAGUUGUAGUGACCAAGGCUACAGCUACGGCUGCAGGGAGCUCUGCUUCUGUUCUCUCUCUAUUCCCCACCCUCCCUAACCUACCCACCCCAGAAAAACAGUAAGUUUUAAAAACAGACCCAUUAUUGACCCAUUAUUGAAUAUAACAUGAAGUAAAAUGCCCCGUGGUACCUAGCAGGUUACAAUGCAGUUGUCCUUUUAAAACCAGAAAAAUUUAAAGAAGGCGAGAGAAUCCGAACCCCUUCUGCCAUUUGUGAGGCUGUGAGUGCUGCAGCAGGACUGAACUGCUGAGAAAAACCACCAUUCAGAACAGGUUGUUUUUCUUACUUUUAACCAUUAAACUUGCUGUCAGGUUUUAAUUCUCUAUUAUUAUUAUUUUAGGACCUGUUGUAGUGAAUUGCUACUGAAAGCCAAUCUAAGGCGAUACACAGAGCACUCUUAAAGCAGCAGUCACAUUAGGGUUAGUAUUAAUUUUUUUUUUAGAUGUACCAUAAUUAAUAACUUGGCUAGUUGGUUGUUUAAGUCUAUAAAAGAAAUAGUUUUAUGAUUAAAAAGAAAAAAAAGGAAAAAAAAAAGGAAGGAAGAAUCCCAUUGCAGUCUGGUUGACUGGUGCUCAUUUUCCAUGUGGGGACCUAGGGUAUAAACACGAUCAGCUAUCGGGUUAACACUAUGUACCACUGACUUGUUUAGUGUGAAUAAACCCAGGGGUUCACAGAGUGAUUUUGGUUUAAUUGGAUUGGACUCUAUUAAAGAAGUUAGUACAUUACUUUGCACCCCCUCGUUUUGUCUGGUUUUUGAGCAAUGUAGCCACCUGUCCAAAAGGUGUGCAGACGAGAACCAGUAAAUAAGACAUUUUUCCCUCUCUACACUGCACCGUGUUCUCAGUGACCUGGGUUUUUUUGGCUACAGUCGCGCUCUCCUGAUCUGCUUCUAGUCAGGUUGGCAAAAGCCGGUUUUACUCCUUUCUUUUCCAAAGAAGAAGGUUUCUACUAUAAGAGAUGGGAAUUGCAAACAGCAUAUCCCUGAUAGAGUUGAUUACAAAAUGCAAAGAAGCUGGGCUCUAGGCUGUUGGAGGUUCCAUUUAAUCUGAAAAUACCACUUGUGCAGAAAUAAUGUCCUUUCUCGGUCCUCCUUCUCCUCCCAUGUAAUUUGUCGAGGUCUUUCUGUACCAAAUCCAGGUGUAAAUGUUGUUUAAUUAACACAGGGUUAGGAGUUAGGAAUACUCUGAGUUAUAAUUAUGGUUCUGCUGUUGAUGCUCAAGGUCACAUAGGACAGUUCACUGAAUUUAUUUCCCAUCUGUGAAAAGUUUUCUCACAAUUUUUGAGAGUUUGAGGUUUAAGCAGUGAUUUGGUAAACUACAUUGCUAUGUGUACUGAAUAUUUCUGGAAAGGCUGCUCUGAAGAGCCCAAGCCCCACACCAAACUUGCGUUCUAUGAAACAGUCGCUUUCUCCAUCGUCAGUGCAGUGCUGGGGCAGGACAGAGCGGCUCAGGGCAGGACCUGCCUCCUCCGCAGGAGAUGUGAACACAGCCAGACACUGCCCUUGUGACACAAAUUGCGUUGCCCAGGUGCUCCUAAUCCAAACCCUGCUGCUUACGCACAACUGAAAUAAGAAACAUUCCCAGUUCGUUUUUAUGUUACCAUUAUAGAGCCUUUUGUAAGUAUAUGGAUUUUGGAGUGAUGUUCUAAAUUCUACAGAUUUGAAAGCCCCAGCUUCUCUCUUGUAAGAAGCUGCUUUUUUGUACUUGAGUAUUAUAAACCAAGGAUGAAUAAUCAAUGGCUUUCUCUUUAUAGCACCAGCACUUUCUAAAUUGAGAGCAUGUUGCAGCGGACUUGAUGUUUUGCUAUAAAUCUGUGUUGGGAGACUGAAGGACACGUUCUUCUCCGUUCAUCUUCCCCAGAAUCCCUGGAAUAGGUGUGAGUCUCAUUUAAAAGGGAAGAAAAAAAACACAAGCAAAAACCCACCAUCCGCCUUUAAACUAAAGCUUCAUGGAAUUGCUGUUGCUGUGCUGGUAAGCUUAGCUGGCAAGUAGAAACAGGACAUUUUUGGAAAGGUAACAAAACAUCUUACACAUCUUAGACCAUGAUGAGACAACCUUGUAAGAUGCCAAGCAGCUCAAGAUGGAGCAGGCUUUACAGUCAGUGUAACAAUUUGCUGCGAUUAGCAAAACACCUGCAGUCACUCUGAUUUACUAAUAGCUCAUAUCUAAGCCACCUGGAGAAUUUUUUGUUGAAUUGAGGCUAUAUUCUGAAAGAUAUAAGAAGUUUGUGUCCCCGAUGUUCCUAUAUGCACUCCAAGAGGAGGUCCUAGUCAUAAAAUUCAACUCCGAAAGCCAAGUUCAGAUUAUAGGAUAUUUUCAUCCUACAUUUAUCUCCACUGAUUUUAGUCUUACUGGUGGGUUGAAUUUUGGCAAUGCGUAUCAGAAUUUGACCUGAUGAACAAAUGAAAAGCCUUGAACUGAAAAGGAAGCUUUCUAAAACACUAACUGUGCAUUUUGUUUGUCAAAGAAAAUGCUUACUAAGUUGUCAUGAGCACAUUGAAAGCUGCUUACCUCUCAGUCUAGUGGACAGGGAAACAAUUAGGCAGGAAUUUAACAAUCCUGAAAUGGCAGUUCUAGAUCAUCCCAGUGUAUAUGGGAGAGAUUUGCACCAGCGCAGGAGGCCGGUGCGGAGUAGUGCCAGCAGUAGUUUGGGCAGAUCUUUAGCAGUGGAGUGUUUGCAGAGCUUUUUGCUUGUUCAGAGGCACAUCGUGUUGUUCUGGAUACUGAUUUAACCUACGUGCAAAUUCUUUUUAUUCUGUACUUUGGGAAAUGUCUGCUUCUCAUGGAACAGAAGAUAGAUCCAAACAGAAAACUUGGCCUCAUAAGUUCAGAGUUGAAAGGGAAACACUUAAUGUGCACUGAGCUGCGACCUCGCUUAACUUGUUUCUAUGACAUUUUUAAUUGGCAUUUCAAUGUAUAGAUGAUAGUUCUCAUCUUGGGCCAGCCCUCCGUUCCUUAUUAUCUUCUUUGGUGGGACUCCAGUCAGCAUUGAGUCAGUGCACUCCUCUGCCAGCACGGCAACUGCAGUUCAUACAAAUGCUGAUAAUCAGAGUUGUAGUAUUUCUUUUUAUGGUAGGAGUCCUUAAACCCCUCAGCUGAGGCUCAGACCCUCGUGUAUUGGGUUUGAUAGAAACAUCUUCAGUGACUUAAAAUCUUAACAUUAAAGACAGACAAAAAAGGAAUAUAUGUGUAUAGGUGAAUGAGUGAAAUAAGGACUAAAAACUGUUUGCAUGCAUGCUUAAGUGUUGUGAUGAAUGUAGGGGCACAGACUUUUCAUCAGGCUUCUUUUGUUGCCUGGAUUUAUCUUUAUGUACUGUUAAUCCACAACAAAUACAAGGUAAAGCAAUUUAAUGUGAGUUUAUUCCUUACUGAGUUAAGUGACGUUACUUCGCAUUUGCGAUGCGCUAGAUGUGUGCAGACAGGUGCACUGGUGCGGCUCACCUGACGCAUGGUAAUGUGGUGCGCGUGAGCUCUCAAUCUGAAGUGAUUUGCCCGUGGUGACAUGGGAUAUUGAUAGCAGAACCAGAAAUUGAACACAGAUUUUUCCUUCUCUCAAUCCAGUGCCUUAAGUGUAGUAGGGCAAAGUAUUAUGUGUUGGGGAGGGAUGAUUGUUUUGGUUUGGUUUUUAAAGCCUAGAUGGUGUGGAGUUGGUCUGCCUACCAAUCUUCUGAAUAAUUCAAAUGCCCAGUCACAAUUUGAGACCUGUUUGAGUGCCAGUGACUUAGGGAAUAUUUGUUAUUUCCUAUGUAUUCCCUGAAAUUAUUGUUCCUCCCUCCACUGCUGUCAGCAGUAAGAAUGACUUGAAUAGAAGAGCUGUGUAACUGAAUGUCUAUCUAACUCAACUAAUGAAUUGAUAGUGUGAAAGCUAACCUAGAUUUUGUAGGCUCUGUUGUAACUUUAGUGUCUUGUUUUUUUCACUAAAUCUUUGUUUCUAGAAAUCAGUAUCUGAAUUUGUCUUGAGUCUGGAGUGGGGUCCCACUUUCAGCUUUAGUUUUUUGUUAAGGUGCUUGCUUGAGGAAGUAGAUGCCAAAGUAAACUUCAAAGGACUUCAGUGUUGGAAGAAUGGAUGGAGAGCAAGAGCUCUCUUUGGGUUUCAUGAGAGAUAAAUGGACAAAGUAUAAAAACAGCUACCAACAUUUUAAGUAACGAAACUGGAAAGGCUUUUCUUUAUCACCCACAAAAAUAAUCGGGUAUUUUCAAUUGUUCAGCAUGGCAGAAACUCUGGGAGCAAGUGCCAAACAGAACCACGGAAUGUGUUUGCUUUUUCAGCAUUAUGAAUAUACCUUAACAGCAUUAUGGAUAUUUUAAUGUAAAUUAAGCCAGCUUUGUACCAUUCACCUUUUGUCUGGGCCCAGCACCUGAGUUUUAAUUGAGUAUAAGCUUACAGUGCAUCUCUGAGCUUAUGCUCUCAGUUCCACCCCAAGAGACAAAACAAAUGAGCAAAGAGGGGAAAACAAAUGGAAAACUGAAAAGGGAAGGGAGAUUCUGGAUGAUUCCCAUGUCUCCUGAGAGAGUCCCAUGUUUUUAUCCUGAACAUCCUUUUCAAAACAAGAUCCUUCAGCUGUUGUGGACGAGCCUGUGGGAACAGUUGGCGUUCAGCCCGGUCUGCUGCUCCGUGUCCCUGCAAGAAGGCGGCAGCGUGUUGGGGCACUGGGGCUGCAGCCCGAGGCACCUUCUCUGGCUCCGAGUCAGCAGCAGCAACACCGGCACCGUGUCGUUCUGCCUGCUCCUUGGCUCCUCCACCCAGCCCCGUGGCAGCCUGUGUACAGCCCUGCAAGCAACCCUGUUAGCUGUUAAACAAACCAGAGAACUGUUUGGCUAAAAAGUAAUUAAAAAACCUUAGCAAUGGUUAUGUGACAUAACUGCAGAGUGGUGCAGAAUAGGAGCAGGAAGCCUGGCCAAGAAGGGUUGUGGUGGUGGCUGGGAGGGUUGAAGCAUGUUGGUGAAAAACCACAGCUGUUUGCUCUGUGGUAGGGGAUAAUGACUGCCUGUUUGUAAAGAAUUAGCACCUUGUGUCGUUUGUAGCCUCUUCCUGUGAUUCGUUCCCAUCUAAUGAGGUGAUGAGAACCCUUGGGUAAAAAUGUUUCAAGAUCUGAUUGACUGGCCAGAUUGUGCUGCACAGUGCUGGUGCUGAACUCUGCGUUGACUUCAGACAUAAUGCAAAGUUAAAACAAACAUUUGGCCAUGUUUUUCCUGAAAGGUGAAAUAUUUAAAUUAAUUUAAAGGCUGCCUGGCACUAUUGAUCUGCUCUCAGGGUUUAUGUGAAUAAAACUUUUCCUGGGUGGCCUCUCUACUUGUACUGCAGUCCUGGAGACGUGGAAGUGCUCUGAGCUGAGAUGUGCUGAAGGAAGGAGGUAACUGGUGUCUCACUGGUGUUUCAGUGACUUCCUCCCAGCUCCUGGGUUCCGUGUGGACCUUGGGGUCACCUCAUACAGCCCCUGGCAGCCAUCGAUGCUCUUGAGCUUGCUGCAGUCCCAUGGUGAGCUUGGGUAAGUGCUUUUACAAAAAAUCAGUCUCAUGCUUGCUAAUAGCUUUUUGGCUGCAGUGCCUUCUCCAGGCAAUUUUUAAAAGCCCUCUGUAAAGUUGUCAGACUGACUGCUGGCUCUUCAAUGAUCAACCAAGCCUUGUUCUUGGGCUCACAAUUUCUCUUCAGUACUGUUGUAAUUGGAAAGUUUGCUGCGAUGAGUGCAAAUACACAGUGUAAGAGAGAAAGUAAAAGGCUGUUCUCAGAUGUCCUGUAGAGUGAACAACUGAAACGUGAGUGUGGGAUGAGCCAGGAAAACUGGCGUUCUUCCCUGGCCGCACGCCGCAUGGAAGAGACAGUGCCUUGGAAGGGAAGGAGCAGAGAAGUUUGCCAUUGGCUCUGAUGAAUCCCAAUCCUGCUUCUACUGAAGUUGUUGGGAAUCCUCCCACUGUCUUCAGUGUGAGCAAGAAAGGAUCUUAGGUGAGGAUGGAUGACUCUUUCCCUACUUGAAUGAAGUCUCUUGCCUAUUUAUGGGCCUGCUUCUAUUGAAACCGAGCCUGUUUUAGCCUUUUUGGGUUCUUAGGGACCUGUUUGUAUAAAGCAACUUACCUACCUAUCUUAUUUUAUUUUUUUUUCUAUUGUGUGUAUUUUUUGUAUGUUCUGUUGGAAGGUGGAAGCCUCUGUAGAAGGGGAUACAAAAAUUGAUUUUUAAAUAGUAAUAAACCAAAAGAGAAUUAAA